AUGGAUAGAAAAUCUGCUAGAAUAAAAGCAGAGUUGCAAAGAUAUGGUUGGAGAGUUUCGAAGAAUUUUAAAUAUAGGAAGGGAAGACCCAUAAAAGUCUAUGACAAAUUGUCUGGUCUUCGCUACGAAAUGGAUUUGGAAACAGCACGUGCAAAUUAUCCAAACAGACUAGAGAGGUUAGAAGAAGAACGUCUUAUGGACAUGCCUUUCGAUGUUAGUGAACCUCAAGUUGAAGGACACGACGGCUUUGCCAGAUUCUACUGGAAACAUGACGAACAAUUGCAUCCUUUGAGAAGGAAAAAAGGUAGUGCAGAGGAUGGUCAUGCUCCCAUGGAAAGAACAAGAUAUGCAUAUGAGAAGUACCGUGAAGUUAGAAGUCAAAUUACUUCUGGUCGAACCUUUACAGUAAACUUUGACGAAGGAAAGAACAAAGAAGGCUUCAUGGGAGUACUUGCUGCAAUUCAAGAUGGAAAUAAGAAAGGAUACAAUCUCAGAUUGACCAUAACAGAUUUGGAUGGUCACAUUUACUAUGCACAUGGCAAUGUCACAACAACUGCAAUGCUUCUUGACGCUUUCAAGACUACAAAGAGAGAACAAAUGGUUGACUCCGACUCAGACAUUUUGAAUGCAAUUGAAGGAAUUGCAAGUGUCAAGUUCGAAUGGUACCAACCUAACCCUCAAGCAGUCAGACAACAUGCUGGAUACUUCCCCUUCAUAAAUAAGUCUGACAUUGACUUGACAAGGUAUGGAAUUUACAAUUCAAUUGAAACAAUUGUCAACGAACCUUGCAUUCUUACAUGUCUCAGGAACUCUGGUCUUGUUACAGAAGAGAAGAUGAAGUAUCUUGAGUCAUGUGUGAAGACAAGGUACAUUCUCAGAGGUCAAUUGGCAAAAAUUGCACCGUUGGCAAAUGUCAAUAUCCGAGUCAGCAUACCUACAGCUAAAGGUUCUUCACAUGACGACUAUGUUGUUGACAAAGACUUACCAUG